ACCAACAUGGAGAGUUUGUACCGCGUCCCGUUCUUAGUGCUCGAAUGUCCCAACCUGAAACUGAAGAAGCCGCCCUGGGUGCACAUGCCGUCGGCCAUGACGAUGUAUGCUCUGGUGGUGGUGUCUUACUUCCUCAUCGCCGGAGGAAUCAUUUAUGAUGUUACUGUCGAACCUCCAAGUGUCGGCUCCAUGACUGAUGAACAUGGGCAUCAGAGACCAGUAGCUUUCUUGGCCUACAGAGUCAAUGGACAAGAUAUUAUGGAAGGACUCCCAUCCAGCUUCUUGUUUACAAUGGGAGGUUUAGGUUUCAUAAUCCUGGACCGAUCCAGUGCACCAAACAUUCCCAAGCUCAAUAGAUUUCUCCUUCUAUUCAUUGGAUUCGUCUGUGUCCUAUUGAGUUUUUUCAUGGCUAGAGUAUUCAUGAGAAUGAAACUGCCGGGCUAUCUGAUGGGUUAGAGUGCCUUUUGAGAAGAAAUCGGUGGAUACUGAAUUUGCUCCUGUUAAUGAAGUUUUCAAGGCUGUAUCAGUCCUCUGAUAUGAAAUAUGGAAAAGGAUGAAAAGCAGCAGAAA